AUGCUGCAGGCUGUGCUGACCACCACCCUCCUGGGCCUGCUCUGGGCCACUCCAGGCCAGGGACAGGUCCCUGCCCAGGCCAACUUUGAUGCCAGCCAAUUCCAGGGCAUUUGGUUCGUGGUCGGGAUCGCCUCGGAUGACCAGGGCUUCCUGGAAUCCAAGGACAACAUGAAGAUGCCCGUGGUCUCAGUGACCUCCAAGCCCAACGGUGACCUGGCUGUCAAGUUUGGGUACCCCAUGCCAGAUGGUGGAUGCCAGAAGGUGGACACAACCUUCACCAAAGGACCCACAAAUGGGGAAUUCAGCAAUGCAGCCAUGGCACAGACGGACAUCCGGGUGGUGGAAACCGACUACAACCACUUUGCCGUGAUGCUAUUCCAGACGGACAAGGGCGGUGUCCACAGCACGUGGCUGCAGCUUUAUGCCCGGGCCCCUGAGCUGUAUCCACAAGGCGCCCAGAAGAUGCAAAAGCUGGCGCCUGAAGUGGGCCUAAACCCCAGCCAGGGCGCCCUGCUGCCCAAGUCAGACGAGUGCACCCAAGCCUUCCCCCAGGUGAGUGUGGGUGCCCCCCACCACUGA